GGUGUCGUGUCGUACAUUAUUUUGCGACAUCCUUCGUUAAUUUCUGGCAAAUACAUCUUUGCUGGUGAAAACACCUCUCCCCUAACUCUAAUAAAUACCAAACGUAGUGCGCGUUCCCAUGAAAAAUAACCGUAGUAAGGUAAGGUAAUAACGUGACACAGACAAAGGUUAUUUUUGGAUGUCGCAAACAUCUUUUUCAAGGUGGAAAAGGGCGCCGGAGGCUCGCUUGAAACAGAAGUGCACGCAGUCAUGGGGAGAACACGCAGGCACGGGAGAACAUGCGAACUCCACACAGGCGGGUCCGGGAUUGAACCCAAGACCUCAGAACUGCACGGAGAGAACAUGCAAACUCCACACAGGCGGGUCCGGGAUUGAACCCGGGACCUCAGAACUGUGAGGUCAACACUUUACCAGCUGAUCCACUGUGCUGCCCAAAAUAAGAGUGGAUUCUGCUAACAAAACAUCAGUCACCACAUGAUGCAAACAGCGGCCGCCGCUCAGACAGCCAAGAAGACGUCGUACAACCGGGGGCUCCUAUAGCCCACCCAUGCCCGUGAUCCCCAUCCCUCGGCGGGUGCGCAGCUUUCAUGGCCCCCACACCACCUGCAUGCACUCUGCGUGCGGUGCGGCGCACGCUACCAAGUUGGUGCGCAGCAAGUACAACAACUUUGAGCUUUACGUGCGCUCACGCUGCAUCUACGGCUUCCUGCGCUUCCUCCUCUACUUCGGCUGCAGCCUGCUCACCUCCCUCCUGUGGGUGGCGCUGUCAGCACUCUUCUUUGCGCAGUACGUUGGCGUGCGGGCCCUCCUGCGGCUGCAGUAUAAACUGUCCGUCAUCCUCUUCCUGCUCGGCCACCGGCGCCUAGACUUUGGCGCCAUCAAUGACCUGAUCAUCUACAGCAUGCAGAUCACCAUGUUCAUGGUGGGUGGACUUGGCUGGUGCUUCAUGGUUUUUGUGGACAUGUAGCCGGGAUGAAGGCGACAUGGCGUGAGCUCGCAGGGGACCUGAAAUGUACGUUCUUUUCAGAGCAUCGAAUAAUUUUCAGCAUCACAAAGCUAGGUGUUUUUGUGGGUUGUGUGAAGUGUUAAAGAUCCCGGAUUUUGGUUCUUUAGAUGUCCUUAGAGUGACUCUCUAACAUAGACUGAGUAAAAAAGUGUCAGUCAUUUUAAAAAGUUUUUGUUCACUCAUAAGUUGCCUCCGUAAAGAAAAUCCACUUGUGACAGCAUGUUUUAUGUUGACAGUUCUGGCUUGGAUGGAGAAGUUGUCUAAGCUCGAGAAAUUCGAAUGAUCUGAUUUCGGGCCUCUUAUCAUAUGACGACGUGUGGAACUUAGGAAUGCGUGGAUAAUUUGAAUUCACAUUUUGCAUUUACUGAGGCACAAGAGAGACAACACUAAAUACCCAAAUAUCAAAAAUAGAUGGUUUGGAAAAAUGUGUCUUUAAAAAGUACAAAUCUCUAUGUGGGUUAAAUGUUUAUGACUGUCUUGUAAGGGGGUGUUUACCGUGUGGAGAACUGGUUCAUUGCUCUCAAAGGCCGAAAUGGCUUCCAAGCCUUAGAUUGCCCACACAUGUUAUCAGCACUCACUGAAUGCCCCCCCACACCCCAAAAGAGGAUUUUAUGUGCGUCAAACUCAUUCUUUACUGUAAUAAAAAUAUUCAAGUGUC